AAAAAAAAAAAAAAAAAAAAAAAAAAAAAAAGCCUGCUGUAACUUAUGUGCGAACAUCGAGGGGGAGGAAACGCCUCUUUUCCCCUAUUUCAUUAACAGCGGAUAUGAAGGCAUGGCGGAUGCUGGCAUGAUACAAACCGUGGAGGUUUCAUGAUUGCUGAUAACACCUCCGUUCUCAUAUGCCAACGAUGAGGUGAGCAAGCCACGAGCAGCCCAAUUGGCUGAAAAGCUAGCCAUGCUAAUGACAUAUGACAAGUUGGCGCGCUCAAUUUCCUCAAGGGACAACGAGACAGGGAGGGAGAGGGAGGAAUACUACGGAGUACUGAUGAGCGCAAUUGGUUGGUUUUCGUUGAAUUGAAGAAAGAAAGAAACCCUGUGGGUAAUGUGUUAGAUGACCGGUGGGGACAGUACAGAGUAUUCAGCCAAAAAAAAAAUGAGCAUUUCCAACAGGAUUACUUCGUCGUCCCUGUUUUUUGUUGUUAGUUGUUAGCGUCCCUGUGAGGCAAGAUGAAAAGAGGAGAAAAAAGGCUUGGAAUGCCCCGGCGGUGUAACUGUGCCAACCAGAAUAAUAUCCUUCGUGAUCCAUAUCAUUGGCAGAUACACCCCGCCCCAUACAAAAUUGUAUGGUAGCACAAGUCACUGUCCAACCGGGAACAGCAUCGCUAGUUUGCAAAUAUCCCCAUUGGGUAGGAAGGAGCCCGCCUGCAGUGGAAAUUGUUGGCUGUUAUUUAUGCGCCGUUCCUUCCGCACCUUCAUUUUUGCCUGUUUGGGCUUUUGCGCACUUUCCAAGGCUCUUCUUCCUCAGGCAAUUGCGCUGAUUCUUCCUCCGAUUCUUUUAUCUCCAACGGUCACUGUGUAUCCAUUCCGCGCAGCAUUCAAUUACAUAGUGGUACAGUACAGUACAUUCACUGCACAUAUUAUUCUCUGAGAUAUUGGAUGGCAACGAGCACCACAGCAACUACCACCACCACCACCACAACAACAAGGGCAACAAUAACAACGAACGCAGAGCUCUGAAGAUAGUUCGCGCUCUCAACCUCAACCAAGCAAAACCCAGCCAGUUAGUCGCAUUGGCAAAAAAAAUAUUCCUUAGCUGUAUACUGCUCUAGUCGACCGACUUCAAUCGCGACUCUGCCGAAACCCAUCUUCAAAUUCUGUUGCGCUUCGUUCCUAUCUGUAGUUAGCUGAGGCCGCUCACACACUGUGACAAUGUUGCUCUCCGCUGUUGUCUUCUCGCUCUCCCUGCUGGUGACGGGCAUCCGCGCCCAAAGCUUCAACCCUGAUUCUGUUUCCAAAGAACAGAAACUUGCUUGGUGUGAUGCCCAAACAGCUGCUUGCCCUUCUGUUUGCAAGAGCUUUGCCUCAGUCAACAGGUGCAGCGUGAGUGAUUUGACCUAUACCUGCACCUGCGGCGAUGGAUCAACUCCAGACCUUACCAAGUACAAAAACACGAUCCCGUUCUUCCUCUGCACGGAGACCUAUGCGCAAUGCAUCGAAAACCACCCCGAUGACUUGAGUGGCCAAAGAGCCUGCAAGGAGGAGCAAACGAAAUGCAUGGGAACCCUGGACCCUUUUAAGUCUCCGAAUAAAGACCCUGUGCCAACCGCGAGUCGGAAAAAGGUGGACGCUUCUAAAUCCACCGCAACUCCCACCACCACCACACCCACUAAGACGAACGAGCCGGCAGUCACCAGCAACCCAGCAUCAACGCUUCGCGUGGCAGGUGAUUCCUCUGUGGGCAUGCUGAUUGCUGUGUUCAUCGCAGCAUCCAGCUUGUUCGCAUAGACACCCCGUCUGACCGUAACUGCCGGCGAUGUCAUGUUUUGAGUGACUGUCAGAUUGACAGUGUCAUUCGAGUUUUAAAUGUCGAUCGUGCCCUUUCAUUAUUUGCCGGUGAUGAUAUGAGCGACAAGAACGAAAUGAAAGAAAGAACGAGAGAAAGAAGAAGAUGGGUCUCGGCACGAACGCGUGUAGUCCGUAGGAAGUUUUUGUUUUGUUCUCUUUGCUUCUCAAGUCUGUAGUCCUUAAUCCCCCACCAAAACACUGUGAGCACUCCUUUUUCCCUGUGUGAUAUUUUUUUGUAGUCAUGUUUAUGACCAGAUGUAACAUACCAACCGCUGUAGCAAUGGUAGCGAUAAAGUUAAGCACUUCCACGGUAUAAUUCUUUUUACUCGC